UCUCAAUUAUGAAUUCAUAAUCUUUACACUAAUGUCGUUUUAUUUCACCUCAUGUCUGUAAAAGUUGUGAUAGACGUCAAAUUAGUAUGGGUGUCCUGGCGAUCUGGCAGGAGCUCCGUCGACCCCUGGUCCGACCCCACCUAAUGAAGCUGUUGGUCUCCGUCCUCACCCUCCACGGCGUCCAGGUUUUCUCAGGGAUAGACUUGCUCACGUCCGAGUCCCUGGCGUUCCCUCGCGACAAGCCAUCAUUCGAGGCGCUCGACUACCUGCUGGAGCAGCUCCCGCCGCUGUGCAGGAGGCUGUUCCCGAUCCUCGUGCCAAUCUUCAUCUCGGACGUGGUCGGACGUGGCCAGUUGCUGCGGUACAACUUGGCCGGGGUGGCAUCCUCGAUGGUUUUCAUCAACGUGUCCUCCACACUUCUGAAGAACGUGGUAAGAUCGAGAGGAAUCAAGCUGAUGUACAAGGUUAGUAUGUCAGCCUUCUUCGGGUCGUACUCAUUUGGUUUCGGCUCGGUCACCAUGAUUCACACCACCGAGGCCCUUCCAUUCAAGGUCCGGGCCCAGGUAAUUGGUAUUACCGUGAUGGUGAACAGGUUGGUCAGCUUCAUCCUUUAUUAUGUGAAAACAGCCACAGACACAUCAGUGGUGGAUGUGUGGUACUGAAUAACCAACGUCAUUCUACUAUCCGGUAUUUGGCUGUGCACCAAGUUUAUCUUAGAGAAAUCGAAGGAUUCGCUCGAGGAAGGAAUUCAGUCCAAUGCUCGAGUUGAGCUUAGGCACUACUGAUUCCGCCGAUUGAUCUCCUUAAAACUAUUCUGUCAAUGUAAGAUAUGAUCGCGUUCACGUAGUCUGUACUCUGUAGUUGAGAAUCCGAUAAAACUAUGCUGUCUAUGUAAUGUUGUUCAGAUAUGUGUAUUUGGACUUAAAUAGUUGCAUGUCCUGGUUAGAAUAGAGUACUAGUAUCAGUAUGAAUGUCAGAGACAAUAAUGGAACAGAGUACUGGUGGAUAUCCUUAUAUGUAGAAUGAACAUUACUUUUCCUACUUGUUCUUGUCGAAUAAUCGGAUCCGAGCAAAGCAAAGCAAACACCAUAGGCACGUGAUUCAAUCAAACUUUAUUUAAUCUUAGGUUGAACUAGAUUACAUCAUUUUAUUAUUUUUUUGGUAGGUGUUUGUGCCUAGUAAGUACUAGGCGGUUUGUAGGACAUGGGUGUCGCAUCUGUUCUUGGAAGGAGGGCGCACUCCAGAUCUCUGCAAAACAAGGGUCCGUGGGCGAUUGCCCGGGACACCCUCCAAUGCUUAAGUUAGAUAGAGAAGUGUGUAAUGAUGUGUUUGUUCUAGAGAAAGAGAGAAAGAGAGAGAGAGAGAGAGAGAGAGAGAGAGAGUAGUUGAGUUUACCAUCAAUGCUCUCAUGGUGCAUUUAUACCUGGGGUGGUGGUGGUUGAGUCAUUUAAUAUUACGUCAGGCGUCCUUGACAGAUCUACUCCCUAGGUGGACCGCCUUUGACGAGAAAUAAAUGCUCAAUCUUACCCAGCCCGAGGUACGUAUCUCAACGGAUCUUUGCUUUCUGUCAUGGUCAGUCGCUUUAUGUCAGGCGUUCUGGACACUCCUUGGGUUUGGAGUCGGCCUGGGACCGCCUGUCACCCUGGAUUGACCUAACUGGGCCGAAUACUCCAUUGGGCCCAACUAGCUGGUACUUUCCUCCUGGGCCCAAGGCCCAUGACCGCUCAACUACGUGGCCCAACAAUUGCCCCUUAGGCGGGAAAAACCUAGGUUUUUGGCGGCUAUAAAGAGAACUCCCAGCU